AUGGGUUCCCAACCUCCUCCGCCUACAGCUCCAGCAUCUCAGACCCCUAGAAGAAAGAGGAAAGAACCUAAGAAGAAGAAAGACAAGAAGAAGAAGAAAAAGACCGACCGUUUCCAUAUCAGAGCUGAACUAAUUUUCUUUCUCGGACAGAGCGCUCUAGAGGCACAAAUCUGUGCGAUGUGGGGUUUCUUUGAUGUGACAACGAUACCCCCUAAGCCAGACGAUGGAAUGAAAGAACGCUUUUCCCAGCGUUACACAAGCUUCGACGACUUCAGUAAAGUGCUCGGGAAAAUGCCUGAACAAUCAUUCAGUCUUAAAGCGGAAAUCAUAAAGUUGCGAAAGAGACUGGAAGAUUCCAAACGACUUGGUCAAGUGAUCACCAAGAUAGAAGACAACGUCCUGAGCAUCAUCGCUUUGAAUCUCGCCCAUUACCACCUUGAUGCCUGGUGUCCCGACCUUUCGCAAGAUGCCACUUUGGACUGGAACCAAAUCCAUCACGCAAUUUGUCUUGAUAUCUUCCGACAAGCUGUUAUCGCUGGAGGAUAUGCAGAAUGGGCUGUGGACCAGAAGUACAUGAGCUUCGAAAAUCUGGGUCUCCUAGCCAAGCUUUAUGACAACUACAUCUUCUCCUGGAUCAGGUCUCAAGUUUGA